UAUUGUAAUUACGUUUAUGAAUAUAUCGAAACGUAAAUAAAAAAGGGGCACCAGAUUUGACCUAAAUAUAUGAUAAAAGUUAUCGUUUCUGCUAUCGCCACAAACGAAUAUUCAGUGUGCACAAUGAACUGCUUUAAGAAGUGUAACACGAUUAUUGUAAGGAGAUAUUCUUCUUCUUUGCAAUUGCCGCCAUGCGAAUUCGUUCCAAAAAAAUACAAUGGUCCAUCAUACGAAAAUCUAAAAAAUAUUCGUAAAGAUAAUCUUAAUCCUGCAUUGUUAACAUUCUAUAGUAAACCAUUGGCUUUACAUCAAGGAUACAAACAAUGGCUAUUCGAUAUAGAAGGAAAACGUUAUUUGGAUUUAUUUGGAGGAAUCUGCACAGUCUCAGUGGGCCAUUGCCAUCCGAGAAUCACGAAGGCAGUUAAUGAGCAAAUGUCCACUUUAGGACAUGUAUCCAAUAUUUAUUAUCAUCCAAAGAUUCAUGAAUAUGCCAAGAGAUUAACAGAAAAAAUGCCAGGAGAAUUAAAAGUGGCUUACUUUGUCAACUCUGGGUCCGAGGCCAAUGAUUUGGCCAUUUUAAUGUCUAGAGUUUAUACAGGUAAUCAUGAAAUAGUUUCUUUCAGAAACUGUUACCAUGGAAUGACUUAUCAAACCAUGGCGUUGACAAGUCAAGGAUCUUACAAAUAUAAGUUACCGACUUUGCCGGGAUUUCACCAUGUGAUGAAUCCUGAUAUAUUUAGAGGUUUAUGGGGUGGGUCCAAAUGUCGAGACAGCCCAGUUCAAGUGUCGCGAAACUGCGAUUGCGGAGAAGUCUGUAAUGCCAAAGAGAAGUAUCUAGAUCAGUUUAGGGAGUUAUUCAAGUAUACUCUACCAAAAAAGAGCGUUGCCGCGUUCUUUGCAGAAUCCAUUCAAGGCGUUGGGGGUGCUUUACAGUUCCCGAAAGGCUAUAUAAAGGAGGCUUAUGAUAUUGUCAAAGAAAGCGGCGGAUUAUUUGUUUCGGACGAAGUGCAAACCGGUUUCGGGAGGACGGGUGAUCACUUCUGGGGUUUCGAAGGGCACGAAAUUAUACCUGACAUUGUCACAAUGGCAAAAGGGAUCGGUAACGGUUAUCCAUUGGCCGCAGUGGUAACGACGCCGGCAAUUGCCGAGGCUCUAAGUAGGGCAAAUCAUUUUAACACGUUCGGCGGAAAUCCGGUCGCCUCCGCGGUUGGAAUAACAGUCUUAGACAUAAUAGAAGAGGAAGAGUUACAACAGAAUUGCAAGAAUGUAGGUAACUAUUUACUGAAGGAAUUGGAGAAGAUGAGGGAUGAGUUUGAAGUAAUCGGAGACGUUCGUGGUAAGGGUUUGAUGAUUGGAAUUGAGUUAGUCGAAGAUGGUAAACGGCCCUUAAGUUCCGAAAAGUUUCUGAAGAUUUGGGAGUAUUGCAAAGACGCCGGACUGCUGAUAGGAAAAGGAGGCGCCGAUGGAAACGUGAUAAGACUGAAACCACCCAUGUGUAUCACAAAGGAAGACGCAAGGUUUGGGCUGGAAGUGAUGAGGCUGGCUUUUAAAUCCCUAAAUUAAAGGCAUUGUCCUUCGUUCUGGUAGCACCAGAAUGGGGUCAGAGCUUCGGCGGCUAUUCCUCGGCUAAUCAAUCUCUCUCUGUGCCUGUACAUCCUAGCCUCAACUUGCUUCGUUGUUGCAUAAGAAUUCGACCACAAU